AUGCAGGGGACCUGCAAGGUGUUUUUGGAUGUAGGCCGUUCAUCUGCGGUGUACAAGGUGGCCUCCAUGGCAGAGCUACCCGUGGCAUUCGGUUAUGACAACGAGGACCGUCCUGAGGAUGGGUUCCUUUAUAGAAGCGCGUGCGCAGGAAAUCCGGCCGCUAUAUUCCGUAGAGGGAUGAGAGAAAUCUUCUGGAUGGGCCGAUACAUGGGUAGGGGCGACACCCUGCUUGCGGCCACCGAUGCGGGCGAUGUCCAAGCGCGCUACCUGUGUGAGAUGCUGCUACUUACGCCAUGUGUUGGGCACGAGGUAGACGCUGGCAGGGGGGUUGAACUGUAUCCCAACGUACUGGCUUCUGGAAAAAUCGAAAUGUGUAGAGAACUCUUCGGGCAGUUGUUCACAAAUCCGCUGAUUGGGGUGAACCCGUCGGAUCCAGGGAAGCCCGUUGUCUGCCGGUCAAGCGUAUGCCCGACCCGCGGGUCCAUGGGUGCCGCCAACGAUUUGUCGAGUGUGUCGUGUGUCCACUGCCUUGCCGAGUUUGAGGUGUUGCAUUUCUUUAGCCUGUUUACGUUCAAAUGA